AUGAGUGCUAUAAAAGAGGUAAAAUCAGAGCUCAGGCAGUUUAUGAAGACAUUGCUCGGAAAAAUUUCGAAAGAAGAAACUCAACGUCAAACAGAGGCGGUUUUUGAAAAAAUAAUUGAAUCGAAAUGGUUUCAAGAGAGCAAGAGAUUGUCAGUUUAUGUUAGUACAUCGGGAGAAAUACAAACUGAUUCGAUUAUUCAAAAAGCGUUGGAAAUGGGAAAAGAAGUUUUCAUUCCACAGUUCACGAAGGGCUCAACUGCAAUGGAUAUGGUUCGAGUUCCGGAUCAAACUGCUUUUGACAAUCUUCCUUCAACACUUUGGGGAAUCAGACAGCCAGAACCGAAAUGGAAAUGGCAAAGCUAUCAUGAAACAGGACCACUGGAUUUGAUCCUUGCACCCGGCGUUGCCUUCUCACCAUAUGGACUUCGUUGUGGUCAUGGAAAAGGAUAUUACGAUCGCUUCUUCUCCACUCAUCACAAACAUUUUCCAGAAAACUCCCCAAAAAAGAUAGGAUUGGCUCUUCGUGAGCAAAUUAUUGGUACAAUUCCUAUUUCUGAAACUGAUGUUGAACUUGAUGAGGUUAUCUAUGAAGGAGAAACUAUUAUUUUUGAUACUAUUUAAGGCUUCACACUCUAAAUAAUAUUCCCGAUUGUGAUAUUGAGAUUUUUUUUUAAAUUUCUCUCGCCAAUUUAUAAGUGAUUUUUCAGACAUUCCUCAAAUGGUUUUGUGAUACAAUUUCUUGCAUUUGUUAACUGAAUAAACUUUUUUG